GACCGCAGCGGACCAGGGGCCUUCCUGAGGCUGCCCGCGACCAGCCCCAUCUGGAAUCUACCGGAACCAGGGAUAGGCAAAGCGACUCCAAGCAACUUUCUAACCACCCAAGCGUCUCCAGACAUCAGACUCAAAACUCGCCCCGAAGUGGGGAAGACGACGGAUUACUUUAGGCCGUUUUGAAUUCUAAUCUGGAAAAAGGCUUUUCAAGAUGUCCAACAAAGAAUCUUGUGGAAAAAAAGAGCCAUCUCAGAGAAAAAGCAAUGCUUUAUCACCCGCCUCUGAUGAAAAAUCAGAUCAUGCAGACACUCUGUGCUAUAAUAUGAAAAGAAGGCAAAACUUGAAAAGAUUGAGUGUAGAAAUUGACACUCCCAGAAAGAGACUGAAAAUCAAUUCCUCAUCCCAAGAACCUGAUAAAAUCCAAGAAGCAUCAUAUUCAAAUGAUAAUCAAAUUACUUCACAGAGUCCUUCCUCAAAUGGAGCUAAAAAAGAUAUAAAUAACUACGCAGAUUUUAAACUUAAAGAUAUUAAAUUGACAAAUGUUAGGAGUAAACUUGAUCAUGAUGUUUUGAACCUUAGCAGUCCUAAGACUGCCAGAGAUGUGAAACCUGAAGCUGAAGGCCAGGCAGGUGAAAAGAAACAGCCUCCUUUACUUGCACAGAGGGAAAAGACGAAAAAAUGCAAGAAAAAAAGGAACAGUAAACUUAGAGACAGUUCUGAACAACGUUUCUCGGAGAAACGCGAGCGAAUUCCGUUUUCUCAGGAUUCUAACUCCAACGAGAUAAUCAAGGGGACGUUCGAAUGUAGAAGGAAGAUCAGUUUCAAAAUCCCCACUAAAUCCCAUCCUGCUCUCCAGAAAGAUUCUCGCAAGUCGGAGACUGAGCAGGAAGAAGAAGAACACCGGGAAAGCCCCCGUGCGUCAUGCAGUGUGGUCAGGCACAAACCCAGACGCUGGUUUUCAGAGUCCGCACAUAAGCAGUCUGUUGCUGAGUGGAAAGGAACAUUUCAUGAUGAACGUCAGCAGAGCAUUGAUUCCAGUUCUGGGGAAAUCGCUACUGAGAAGUUUGAAGCAAUACGUUCUUCGGUGUCAUCUGAAAGUACUGAGGAUACAGAUCAAGAGAUGCAGAUAGUUGAAGAGCUGCAUGCUGCCCGUGUCUGGAGAAGUGUGGAUUUGCCUGUGGUGCCACCUUCUGGAGAGUUAGUGAGUAUGGACGUCGACCUGGUGGAAGACGAUGCCCAUUCUUCUGCAGCAAAUACUGCUUUGGACAAAAAGCUGCUAAUUGUUAUUGACACAAAUAUUCUGAUGAAUCAUCUCAAAUUUGUUAGAAUUUUGAACACAACAGAAAUACCAGGCUUUGACAGACUUAUCUUAAUAAUUCCCUGGGUUGUUGUGCAAGAACUAGACCGCAUGAAAGAAGGAAAACUAUUGAAAUACGCACAGUACAAAGCUAUCCCUGCAGUUCACUUCAUCAAUGACAGUUUGAAAAGUAAAGACAGGAAACUGUGGGGUCAGUCAAUACAACUUGCAUCACAAAAAUUUUAUGAAUUGCGUGAUGAGAACAAUGAUGAUCGAGUAUUAAAAUGCUGUCUUCAGUACCAGGAAUUAUUCCCUUGUUCUCUCGUUGUUUUGUGCACGGAUGAUAGAAAUUUAAGAAACAAAGGCCUAAUGAGUGGUGUGAAGUCACUCAGUAAAGAAGAAUUGAGUGCAGAGUUGUUGGACUUGUCUCAGAACACAGAGGUGUGUCAGCAGCCUUGUGUUUCUAAGCAACAGUUGAAAGCAGAAGCAGCACUGUUGGAAGAGAGCCAUGAGGAAGAACCCACGAAUUCUGGGCUGUCCAUUAUGCUGGAGAGUAUCAUAUCUGAUCUUGAAAAGUCUCUUGGAACAGCUUUAUCUUCAAUAUUAGAAACAGAGAUGAAAAUCGCUUUUGGAAACCUCUGGAUGGAGAUACUGUACGUGAAACCGCCGUGGACGCUAAUACAUUUAUUGCGAUGCUUUAGAAAACACUGGUUGGCUGUAUUUGGAUUAAUUACGGAAAAGAACUUGCUUUUAACUGUUGAGAGCGUGUACGAGAAUCUCUGUAAAGCUAAUAAUAACGCAGUGGAUUUUACAACAGUGAAGUUCCUGCUUCAGGAUUCUAAGAGUUUGUUACAUGCUUUUAGUACAAGGUCAGAUUACGAUGGUGUUCUUCCACGGGCCUUCGCUGAAGUGGACAAGCUGCUCCAAACAUUUGCAGAGGUCAAGACAACACUGGAGCCAAAUUCUUCAGAACACGCAGUGAAUAAAAAGCAAGAAGAUACUUGUCCGGUGAAGUCUCAUAGCCAAGAAAGCGCUGUGUUCUCAGAUUCCUGUCUUCUCCAGCCUAGCAGGCAUCAAGAAAUCUGGUCUGUUCUAGAGAAUGUCUGGAUUUCAAUAUGUCAAAACAGUAUGGAUGUGUUUCAAAGACUGGGCUCAAAUUCAGCUCUGAGUACUUCAACGGUAGCAUCAUUGGAAGAAGCGUUUCUUUAUCUUCAGAAGUUAAUGGCAGCUGUGAAGGACAUUCUUGAAGGAAUUCAGAGGAUUUUAGCCCCUGACAGUAAUUAUCAAGAUGUUGAGACCCUCUAUAACUUCCUAAUCAAGUAUGAGGUAAAUAAAAAUGUCAGAUUUACUGCUCAGGAGCUGCAUGACUGUGUCUCUCAGACUGAGUACCGGGAAAAGCUAACCAUCGGAUGCCGCCAGCUGGUCGAGAUGGCGGCCGCCAUGCAGCAGUGCAGCGCAUCUGUGUACAUGGAGGCCAGACACAGGGGCUGGUGUGCAGGUGUGCACGCCCAGCCCUAGGGCCUCCCUGCUGACCUGGAAUCCCAUGUGUCGUGAAGGAGAGUCGCUUCCAUCUGGUCACUCUGUGGGGGAUGUUUCCUAGGUACACAAAGGUGCUUUCCUGUCCCUGGCAGGCCGCUGAGGUGGCCACUGUGUGGUGAGCUGUGAGCCCAGCGCUCUUGCCUUUGCGGUGCCGUGGAGCCUGUGGCCCUCAGAGAGCCGCCUUUGCCCUCGUCCUGGGGCGGUGGCACCGGAGGACGGCUCAAAGCACAGCUUUAGCAUCUUUCAGGCCUGAUGAUGGCAGGUGAGCAGAGACACCACAAACCCACACUCGCCACAUCCGAACGACAUCUUGCUCUGUGCUGUUUUAUGAUUGAAUGUCAUCCAUGCCAACAUCCCCCUUCCUAAGGUAAUGAAAGUUGAAUUUUGAUUUCAGCUCCCACUUCCUGUGCAACCUCUUCUCUGGCCUUGUUACUUUUGAGUGCAUUUCUGAUGGGGAGGAGCCAGGCCAGCCCUCUUGAGUUUCCCUUAACUAUGAAGAAUGAGUUUAUGGAAUUAGGUGGCAGGGACUGACAGCUUGCCCCUGGUUUGCUGCUAACUGAAACAAGUGUAUAGUGGACUUACUCCUCUCUUCUGAUUUUUUAAGUUGGAAACCUAAUGUUUACUGGUAUGUAUUAUGCUUUUGUUAAUACAUCAGAUUAAAUACAACUUGACAUUUUAUUAUAAUGUCAAAAAUAAUAAAAAUUAUUUUUGGUA